AUGGCGCUCUUCUGCACCAGCCUGGCGUUAGCGAUCGCAGCAUUGGCAGCAGAGCCGUCCCGGCUGCAUGUCGGCAACGCCGGCUGGGGUCUCCGCUUCGAUGGUGUUGACGACAUCGUGUUAUUUGACCGCAUGCCGUUGCCGCCUUUCACGAUCGAGUUCUGGGCCCAGCCAUUGGAUCUGAAGGAUGGCGGCGGACAGGCUUUAGCAGCAUACAACGUCAAUGGGGUGAUGCUCUCCCAAAACACAGCGACCGGCAUUAUCUUGUCCAUACUGGAUCUUGGGGCAGAGAUUCACACCUCGACGGCGACCGUGGACUCCUUCAUGGGGUCCCCAGCUCCUUCCGAGAUCUUCCACUGGGCCAUGUCACUCAGCAAGGAUGGCGACUACGCGGUGUAUGUCAAUGGCGACAGCGUUGGCACAGGAGCCUUAGCAGAGGAGGACAUGCGGGCGAUUGCGGAUCAGUACAUGGCCUUCCCAUGGACGCUGGGAGGGCGCUUCGGACGCAUCCUGGGCCAGUAUGUUACCGAUGACCGAGCCUUCGGCGGAGUCAUGGACGAGAUCCGCGUGUGGAGUUGUAUUCGCAGCCCUCAGGAAAUCCGUGACAGCAGGUUAUUAUUCAACCUCCAGGGGCUUGAUGCCACCAACUUGACGAUCCAUCUGGGCUUUGACAUGCCAGACGAAAGCCCGCCCGGAGCACUACUUGGAGCCGGCGUCCUUUUCAAGACUCCCACGUGGGUGCCCUCCCCGAUGCCAGGCCUCGGAGGUCCCGUGGUCGUCGACGUGGGGUUGGGCAGUGGCGUGCAGGACAUCCAGAUCUGCGCCAGCAUGGAUGAGUUUGCGGACGGGGUGGUCAUGACCGCAACUUUCCCGCAAUCCCUCUCGACUGGUAUUCUGAUGAGUCCCUCCAUCCCACUGUCUGAAAACCGUUCGGCGGAGCUCUUCCAGCUCUGUGGCUACGUGUCCUACAUGCCCCAAAGGCCCGGCUUUGACGUUUCAGACUUCCACGUAAGCGCCGACGUCGGAGGUGUGAUUCUGCAAGCCACCGGAACCCUGCAUGUGCGGGUGCGCCAGAAUCAUCACCCGGUGGCUGGCGCUGCGCGGGCCAUGCAUACAGAUGGGCAGAGCGGAUAUGCCCUACUAGGCCACACGCCGCAGGAGGACGAAUUCUCAUUCUCUUUGUGGAUGAAGGCCGAUACAACCUCCUCGGAACCGUGCAUGGUCGGCCGGCACUGGAUCAAGGACGCAGAAAAUUACAUCCUCCUCUUCUUCCACGGCGGCGCGUACAGUUUCUUGUGGAAGUGUUCGUCAGGCUCGGGCUGUUGGUUCUCACAUUCCAAACCAUGA